AUGGAGACAACAACAACUGAUAAGAUUCUAGAGAUCAACUUGAUCUCCGCACAAGGGCUUGUAGAGUCAUCAGUUAUACCCCAUCGUCGCAUGAAAACCUAUGCUGUUGCUUGGGUUGAUUCAUUCACCAAGCUUCAUACUCGAGUUGAUCGUGUUGGUGGCAAAAACCCAACCUGGAACGACAAGUUUCUCUUCAACGUUUCACCCCAGUUCCUUCUCAGCAAAACUUCUGCUGUUUCUACUGAGAUUUACGCCAUUGGUUUCUUUCGAGAUAGGCUUGUUGUAGGGUUGUAUUCUUCAUCAGCAACUCCUUCCAACGCCUCGGCUUGCUUUGCAAUGAAGACUUCUGCUUUUGCUGGCAUACUUAAUCCGCGCCCUUCGGUCUGGGGAUUCUUUGGAGCCUAA